AAGAAACUGCUCUGUCUGUCUCUCUGUUGUCUCUCCUUUUCUCUCCCGUUCGUGCGAAAAGAUGGAGGUGAAAAAAAUUGUAUGCGAGGGAAUGGAGGAGGAGGAGGAGGUGACAUGGGUGAAGCAUUACUCUUCGUUGCACCAGAUUUUACUCGUCGGCGAAGGAGACUUCUCCUUCUCUCUCUCCCUUGCCAAAGCUUUUGGCUCUGCUAUCAACAUCGUCGCCACUUCGCACGACACCUAUGAUAAUCUGUUGAAAAAGUAUGGUAAGGCUAAAUCCAAUGUGGAGGAACUUAAGAAGAUGGGUGCAGCAAUUAUACAUGAGGUUGAUGCAACAAAAAUGAAACUCCAUGUUGGUUUAAGGACUAGGAAGUUUGAUAGGAUUGUCUUUAACUUUCCUCACGCUGGCUUCAAGGGUAAAGAAGAUCAUCCACAGCUCAUCAAGUAUGUAGUACUUCAUUUCUGUCUUUAUGGAAGCAUAAGUUUAUGAGCACAGCACGACAAAAAUUUUAGUAAAUUCAAUCUUUUUUUAAUUUUUAUGUUUAACUUUGAUGGAA